CACAGGACAGGGGCACCUCAGGCCAUCGGAGGCAGCCCCGGCCUGGGGGAUGGAAGCCGGUUCUGGCCAGCACAGCUCAGUCACCAGCUUCAAUCCACAGACCCUCUGCUCGAACUGGGCGCUCAGCCCUGAAGUGGGGGUUGAGAUUCCAACGCCUUCCUCAGGUCACUGGGGAAGUGUCCACAGGCUCUCUAUUCCCAUGACUUCUGACCCCCCAGAUGCACGGGGCAGCCCGCCUGCCCUCUCAUCAGACCACAUCCUGUGUUAGGUUUUUUUUUAAUCAAUGCAGUCAGCACUGCCCCCUUCACCACCGGCGUCCCCAAUGGAAUCCCAGGGUCAGGAAUGCGCAGCAGGCAGUCGGCACAGCGGCAAGCACCCUGCGGGCCAUAUAAAGCGGGGAGAGCCCAGGGCCCAUGCCUCCUGGACAAGGACCCAGAGCAGCUCUGCCCAGCCCAGCCCCGGAGCCCAAGAAUCCACCAGCCAGCCCUCCUGGGAGCAGUCUCAGCCACACGAUGGUAAGGUCCUACCCCCUGGUCUGCCUCCUCCUCCUGCCACUGGGCACCUGCUUUCCUCUACUGGACAGAAGAGAGCCCACAGACGCCAUGGGUGGCACUGGAGCCAGAGAAAGCUGGGCCGAUCUGGCCGAGGGGCCCCGACCCCACUCUGUGUGGGGCUCCUCUCGGUGGCUGAGAGCUUCACAGCCACAGGCCCUGCUUGUCAUAGCCAGGGGGCUGCAGACAUCGGGCAGAGAGCAUGCUGGCUGCAGGUUCCGCUUCGGGAGGCAGGAUGAAGGCAGUGAGGCCGACGACUUCCUCCCUGCCGGAGGGGUGAAGGCCAGCAGCCCGUUAGGGAACCUGGCUGAGGAGCUCAAUGGCUACAGCAGGAAGAAAGGCGGCUUCAGCUUCCGCUUCGGUCGGCGGUGA